CUGCUUAUUUUCGUACCACUGCGGAAGGUACAGUUUGCCUUCUGUUGGUUCUUAUUCUAUAGAAAUGCGCCAACCGAACGGUUGUGUAACGUUCUUGCCGUUCUUACACAUUUUUGGCUUUUGUAGGACUUGUGUUACCAUUAUUUGCGCAUCACGUAUUUUUUUCACCGUCUUGUGACUGCGUGGCGACAGUGAACACGCUGCGGAUAGUUUCAAGAACUUCGCUAUUUUUGAUACAAUCGCGUUUUGGAUCGUACAUGCCAGAUAUGUGCGCAGCAGCGCACCACUAUCACUACGGCGAUGGCCGUGCUUCGAGCGCAGAAAUGUAUCUGCACCGGCUUUCGGGACAAGAAAAGGAGCCGCACAUUGUGAGUGUCGACCACAGUUACGCCAAGGCGUGGAAUGCCCACCCGGACUCGCACCAUGCAAAACCAGCAAAGCUGCUCUUCAUGAAGGAUGUAUUUUUUUCUGAGAGCAAGACAGGAAUCCGCGAAAAUGUUGUGGUGAAUGUCGAAACUUGGAAAGGUGUGGACACACCUCCAUACGAUGGCAGCAAGACGCGUAACCUUAUGAGCGAAUGCGAGCGCAGCGCAUCCGUUUCAUCCAGGCCGGACGCAGACGCAACCAUGUGGGAUGAAAAUGUGAAAAGGCUGGGCUGGACCAGCUCUCAGCAUCGAGCGUUCAACCAUGUUAUGCGACUCCUUCACGCGGACCGGUUGGCACGACUAGCCUACAACAACAAUGCCAAUGAGCCAGUUCUGCGGCGACUGGCCGUGGACCGGACUGCUCGUCGGCUGAGGCGCAUCAUGGGGUUGUUUAGCUGGGACUUGAAACUGCUUCAGUGGCUGCAUCAGCUGUUGAUGGAAAAAGCCACUGUCUCCUAUGUUGCAGCCUAUAUGGACGCUUUGCAAGCCCUGAGGGCGCAGAUCCCUCAGCUCAUCGACAAGCUGGUGGCUCGGCAAGCAACGCCCGGGCGCUCGACCGGCCCCGAUGCCGUGGGUAUGCUGCUGCGACGCCCUUGGGACCCAGUGGCGCCUUUCCUGAGUCAGCACAAGCCAAAACGGCUGCCCUGUUCUCCUCUGCUGGUGGUGUGCCCAGGCGGCCCACGACCCCAGGCGGCUGGUCUGCCCCGCUCCAAAUUUUGGACCUCUCAGCUAUCCGUGCUGGGCAAGCUGGUGGCCGUAGAUCCUGUGCCGACUACGCCGCCAAACGCCAGCCUCAACCAGGUACUGGAGGCCAUGGUGGCUGCUGCACGGGCCAAGGUCCUUGAGCUCAAGAGCCAUUUUUCGUCAAGGCCUAUCAUCUUAAUUGGGUGGAUGAUAGGCGGCCUUGUUGCAUGUCAAGUUUCAUUGAUGGAGUCUGUUGCCGCUGUCGUGUGCUUCGGUUUCCCGCUAGUUGGGCUGAGUGGAUCCCGAGACGUGGAUGACCCGCUGCUGGAUAGCCACACACCUACACUGUUUGUGGUCGGCCAGAAUGCCCUGUCGUGCAGCAUGGAUGAGCUGGAGAACUUCCGAGAGCACAUGAAGGCGGUGUCAGGCCUUGUGGUGGUCGGUGGAGCCGAUGAUUCGCUUCACAUGUGUGCCCUCAAAAAGCGUCUUGAGGGCGUUACUCAGUCGAUGGUGGAUCGGUGUGUCUUGGAUGAAGUUGGGUCAUUUCUGCAAUGGGUGCUUAGUGCACCACACAUGGGUCCAGCUGGAAGCAUGGCAUCUAAGGUCACAGCUGCUACAGCUACAUCUCUUGCUGCACGUCGAUGUUCGCAGGCUCCACUGCCUGAAAGCUCAUGCCAAGUUGCCCUUGGUCGUCGUCAAGGCCGACAAUAUCGAUCUCAUUUCCACCACCAAUCCUCUUCUGGGAGCUCCAACAUGGACAGUGUAAUUUGUUCAAGCUCGAAAUCCAGCUUUGUUGCAACUGGUAUGCACACAAAGCGUGGUUCUGGACGCCGUGUUGGGAGACCCCCCAAGCAGGUCACCGAAAAACCUGCCUUUAGCAGCUUCGCACCCCUGAAAGUGCCUCGUCCCCUGGCAGGACAACAGCGCAAGCGUACCCUUGUAGCACCCACUACAUGGCCAGCUGGCAGCCCAUCCCAACCAUCCUUGCAAAGUGAGCAUUGCAUUCUGCCUGGCCCACCGCCAGCCCCUGAUGAUACAGUGCCAUUGAGUGAGCUAGUAAGUCACUCAAGUGAGGUUGACCUCAUGCCGACAUCUUCACUUUGGUCACAGUCCCUCAUAGCUGACCCACAAAGCAGUCCCUGCUUCAGCUCUUCACCAAUGUCAUCACCCAUGAGCAAAUUUCAGCAGAAGGUUCAUUGCACAGGCAAGCCUUUAGACACACCCACACAAUUGGCUCUGUGUAUUGCCGGUGAGGGUGAACUCCAGCAUACACUCGAUGCAUGUUCGGCAAACAGCACAGCAGAAGAACGGCUCAAGGAGGAAGGCAAGUUUGUUAGCUUGGCAGAUGGUGGUGUCCGAACAAGCCAGCUACAAAAGAGUCUCCAGCCGUUGAACGAGCUACAAGCUGUGUGCUCAACGCAAGCAGCAAAUAGCCCAUUCUGCCAAAUGGUGCUGCCGGCCAGCCGUGCUAUUUCCAUGGUUGUGACACCAACUAAGAUGGAGCUGCAUUCAGGACACUCCGGCAUUUGCAGCUUAAGUGGGCUACCCCUUGGCCACACUGCAAGUAAGGAGAUACUGCAGCCACUGCAGUGUGUACGAAGUAGAGAGUCCAGUGCACUGGAAAUGCUGGCAGAGGCAUCAAGCACUCACCGUGACAGUGACUCUUCUGUCUGUAGCACAUCACAGAUGCCACCUACAAAGACUUUGGGUACAUCCCAUGCUGUAAAAGGCAUGCCUAGCAGGUACAAAGCCUCCAUCUCACUGCCUUCAACAGCAGCAACAAGAACAAGAAAGGUUCGAAUGCCACGUUUCUAUGACAGCUGAUGUAGCCUAGCCAUCAUUAAAAAUGUACCAGAAAAAGGAAACGUCUGAGUGGAAGUUACUGGGUCAAGCUUCAUGCAUCACCUGCAGCAAUUAGUCCGUUUUUGUCACCCACACACACCCAGUAAUUUGGUCCACAGCUUCUCAGUAGAAAAGGAAUGCGCACACAGUAGAAUUCUUUUUGCAUUGAACUUGAAUUCAGUAUCAAUUAGAUAUGGUGCACCAGGAAUUAUAUUUAAAGUUUACAUAAAGAAAUAGGCUGCUACUUUAACAUGUUCAUUGCUGUAGCACUUGGUCUUUAUUCCUGUACAUGAAGACCUACCUCAUCCUAUGCUUGUCCCAUUCUUCAGUGUGUCAUGAUUCAAUGGUAACAAGGGAGUGCUCCUUUGUAACUUCCUCAUAGUGUAGAGAGGUCAGAUACAAACGACAGGUCAGGUACAAAGCAACAAGAUUUUUUCCUCUCCUUUGGUUUCUAGCAAAAGUGUUGCUUGUGCACUGCAGGAAAGCCCUGCACAGGGGGAACAAUUGCGAUCACCCACAUUGCUGUAAACUUGUUAUACGAAGUAUGGACAUGCAAUUUGCUUGUCAUUCUUUUUUCUACUGUCUAUAGACAUUUGCCAAUUCAGUAAUUAUGGUAUGAAGCAUUAAUUCCUCUAUAACAUGAUGGGUAAUUGCCAUCCUUUAUUGUGACAGAAGUAAUUUUAAGCAUGUUGUCGUGGACCAUAAGUGAGGUAACCGAUUCAAAUUGAUGAAUCAUUGAUCUUGCCAUGAACUGGGUUUAGUCAGUUUGUGCCAUACUAAAGUGCAUCAAGCCGUCCCUUGGAACACCAAAUUUGUCCUGUUUCUUUUGAUGGGCCUGUGCAUUCGGCACAGGAUAACAACCAAGAAGACGAUGGGGACACUGUGUUUUAAGAAAAGAGCAGCCAAAGAAUGACGCACGCAGCAAACAUAGAAAAAGACGGGGACCAGCCUCUUUGCCGUCUUGUAUGUUUUCUGUGUGUCUGUGUGUGUGUGUGUUUUUUUUCGCUGGUUUUUUUUUUUAAUGCAAUGCACCAACUAGCCUAACAACGUGUUUUGCUAGACACUUUGUUGUCGGAGAAGUAACAAUAGAGAAUCCGCUUGUAUGCAGGACCUAAAAUUCUACUGGAAUAGAUUUUCCUGCAAAUUUCAGUUGGAUGGCUGCUUUUCUUAGCUCUGCAACCAUAUGUCCCUAAUAAAAGCCCACAGACUAUGUACACUUGGCCACUAAUUUUACAGAACAUGAAGUCAGAAAAAGAUGAAUAUAUGCACAGCCUCACAGCGUAGCCUAGUAUUCACAUUUACAGCGUCUCCCAGUAUAUGUGAACAACAUUGUGAUGUUCGCUUUUACUGACUACUGCUGCAGGCUGCUCGGAAAUAGAACAUUUUCUGAGAUCCGUGUAGGCCGUAACCUUUUGUGGUUGACUGUACCUACAUUAAAUGUUCAUCUCAGCUGAAAUCUAUAUAAAACAUGUUUCAUAGUAGAGUGUGCUGCAAUGACCAAGGGAAUGAGACUUUUUUGACUGAACAGCUCACCGUAGCAGAAGUUUGCUCAUGCAUGGCAUUCGGUGGUGGGUAUUGUUUGGUACUAUAUACAGGUGCUGCACUGGUUUCUUCUCAUUGAAUUAAGCCUGUAUAUGCGUGUUUGCAGCAUUAUUUGAUAUGUAGUGGCCACCACACCCUCUCCUGCGUUCAUUCUACCCUGACAAAAAAAAUUAAUUUGUUUCACUCUGCCCUUGUUAUAGAUUAUGCUCAUUUCUGACCUUCAUCUUGAUACGUGGCUGCGUAAAUCUGAAGAGUGCCAAGUGCAUGUGCAAACGAGUUGCUUAUUCGUUCUUGAUGCUUCACUGGUACUUAUAAAACUGUGCAUCAUGACAUUUAAUCUAAUGACGGAAACUUGCUAACAUCAGUGUUAUGAUGUUAAAAUUGUUUUAUAAUAAUGGUGAAAAUACUGUUAAUAAUAUGAAAACAUUGAAAGGCUUCCAAUGUUCAAUUUGCUUUUGGCACUGGUUCACUGUAAAACUUACUUGUAUGCUUGGACUGUUAAGUAUUGCUUUACAAGUUCAACAUUCUAUACUUGUGAUUGUAAGUUGACCAGGUGUGAACAGCAGCAUAUGUCUAAUCCACUACCAAAAACAUGUUUGUGGUUUGCCCUCCAUGGUCCUGUUGCACUGUCCAGGUGGUGCAGCAAAAAUGCCAGUCAACAGUGCUCUCAGUGCCGUAGUUAUAACGUAGCACAAAACCUGAGCCUCUCUCAGUGAGUGCAUGGAGCUGCAUUUUGUUUUGAGUGCAUGGAGCUGCAAUAUUUGUUGACCACAUUUGUGCUGCAGUGGGAAUUUCGUAAACUUUUGUGUAUUGAAAGCUUGAUCAUGUGCACUGUAUGUCGCAAAAAAAAGAAAGGAAACUGCUGUACCAAUGUGGCUCGCAAGAAGCCGUAGGUGCAGUUUCAAGAUGCCACUGCUUUCGAUCACUGCAAAAGUUGCAUGGCAUCAAGCUGCUACGAACUCUUGCAAGGUAUUUCUUUGUGCAAAUCAUCUCGGAAUCAUGGCCCGUCAUGGGUUGUUUCAUCAGUUGGUCAAGUUGAUGAAAAGAUGAGGUCAGGGACAUCACUAACUGGCCCUGGUGCAGUUAACACUUGUCGGCUAGCCACAGCCCUGCUCCUAGAGAAAGUACAAAUUUCCGUCAAUGGGCCAACAAUAAAUCACUGAAUUGUGUCUUGUUAGCUUUGUGUUAUUCAAGCAAAAGAUUUCUUACAGUGUGCAAGCAUAAUUGUUCUGUUGCUUUGUCAUUUAUCUGCUUACAGUGACGGCAUUGAGGGCCCCUUACCACAUCCUCUUGGUUAUGUACAAAGAAAAUCAUGCCAUCCAGGGAGUUCUCUACUGCAAGAAUUCAAUUUGCAGGUCCUGAUGAGCAAUGAUAACACAAUAGCAUUACCAGGAUAAGCUUACCCAUGCAUUUUAUGAGUGCCUCUGGGAUCAGCAGAUAUUACAAACACGUGCAAGGAUUUGCCCGCCUCACUUUGUGACGUCUACAAGAUAGGCUGGUGCGGGUGUUCUGUAAUGUUAAAAAUGAUUAUUACGUAGUACCCGAGAUAAAAGCAAGUGAAAUUGUGUGAGGCCAUGGUGCAAGCAAAUGGGCUGCCCCCGUCGCACCCUCCCAUUGCCGGGAAGCAACAUUCCUGCUUUCUCAGACCAUGUGAUCCCCGAGGGCCCAGCACUUUCCUGCACAGCACAUUUCCAUGGGCAGUUUUGCACCCUUGGUGUUUCACGUGAAUGCUCGAACUGUUCGCGUUGCUACUGUUGACUCUUUGUACACUGCAGGUGCUACAUGUGGAACAUCGCAGGUGGUGCAGCGAGUGGCUCUUCAGGAAAGAGCACUGGGCUUUUGUUAAAAUUGCAUGAUAUUCUUGUGGUGGGCAUAAACGUAAUAUUUUGCAGACUUUCUUUCACUUAGCUUGUUUAAGCACCUGUUGUAGCGAAGCGCAUUGCUAUAUGCCUUCAUCAGACGGGAUAUAGUUGAUUAGAUAAGGUCACAGCUUAGAUUAAAUAGAGCACUGCUUUUAGGUGCCCGUUCCUCCGAUGAGCGUCGGCAUGCCUCAUCCUCCCUUGGCAUAACCAAGCGAAUGAGCACAGGAAAGAGCGAAGAAAGUGCAAGGGCGAAAGCGGAGGAAGCCACCUUGAAGCACCACUAAAUGGCGCUCGCAUAUGCGGGACCGGCCUUGCGAGGAAAAGAAAAGAAAGACCAGAAAGCUCGUCUUUGCUCAUAGCUUUUAUAGCAAGCGCUUCCCAGUAAAGAUUAUGGUUGCAUAAGCUGCAGUGGCCUGGAAGCGGCCAAUGUGUGGCCAGUCCAUAUAUAGCGCUGCGUGUCGCGGCUCUGCCAGUCGGUGUGGUGAUCAGUAUGAUGCCUCAAUACAUCGCGAGAUGAAAACGCGUAUAAAGCAGUGCUCAAAUUUCACAUUAGGGAGUAUUGCAAUCGUCGGUAUUUUUUAUUAGUUUUUUCAGCAAGCACCAUUUGACGUAGAAUUCAGGAUAGCAGGAUAAAAAUGGGUCAAGAAAGGCCGCAUGCAAGUUCAUUUGAGCAGUCGCGGCAUCAUGAUUGUUAAAUGAAGUAUAUCACAGUCACUUAAAAGUGCCCUGAAACACUUUUUGAACAUACUAAAAUACGGCAAAUGUACAACAUGAGGCUCCUGUGAACAUGUUAGCCAAAUAUUAUUGCACUGCAUGCUGAAUGGAAUUUACAAUCUCUUGUCGAAAACGGGGAAACACCGCUUCUGCAAUGUCAUCAUGCAGGCUCAUCGCAAGCAGCUGAACCCGCCAACAGCUAUUGGCUGAUUUCAUGAUCGUAAUAACAUUCCUACUAAUACAUAAUUGCUCAUUUUGAGUUAAAUAAAUGAAAUGUAUGUAUUACUGCAUUCUCAAAAACGCCGAAAAAUAAUUUUAUCUUUCCACUGCUGGUCUAUGCAUGACAGUUUCGUAUAGCUGCAUCUGCUACGCGUGGCUUCUGAGAUGGUGACAUAGCGUAAUCUACCGCGGCUGCAACAAGGCCUUUCGCUGCCGAGACACUUAACUUUUGGGCAGAGAUUUUCCCCCUUGGCUUCCCCUAGUGCACUAGCAGAGAUGGAAAGAGAUUGCAUGUUGGUGCAAUAACUCUACUUAUACUUGAAAGAUUUGAAAAACUUUUGUAGCAUGAGAUUCGUGAGAUAAUGUCUUUUAAUAGUGAGGCCAUCUUGCGAUUAGAUAAAAAGUGUUUCAGGGCCCUUUUAAAUAUGUCAGGCAAGCAGAAUUUGUUGGUGUGCGAGUUACUUCUCUAUCACAGCCCGAAGGGCACAAACACAUGCACAUACAAUGUAGAGCGCACACACAAAAAAACAAACGGAGUGCCAACUGAAAUUUUAUUUAAUGGGACAGACCUUUGUGUAGCAUAGGAGUUGCGCAUGCGUUACAUUCAUGAGAGAUGAUUAAAAACUGAAAGCGAAAAAAAUAUUUUCUCAGCCUAGCAUUUAGAAAAGAAAGUUCCAUAUUAUAUAGCGAAAGAGACUUGUUGCUGAUGCCCCUCCCUCCCAUUUUAUUGAUGUGAUUUGCUUCCAGGGCCUCUCUUGCUGCCGCAUCUUUAUUUUUGCAGAGAAUCCCAAGAUUCUUAAAUAAUGCCUCACACCCACAGUUAUUUACAUGCAUGGCCAAGUGUCCACCAUCCAGGUUUCUUAAAUUUUGCACAUGCUACCUUAUACAGUAAUUGACGCAGCUACCGGUUUGGCUGAUGUAAACCUUGUACACCACUCAUCCUGUGGAACAUUUCUUGAAAUGUGGGCUGUGUUUCUGGUCACAUCCCCUUUGACUCUGCUUAUGCUUCAGGUAUGGGGACAGCUUUACUGGAGCAGAAGAAAAGGAGCGCACAGGCCACCAUGUUUAAGUUUUGGCUUACCCCAUGCACCACUCUUUCAGGCCUCAGUUUUGUAGACCGGGGUUUCUUAUUUUUUGCUUCACAUAUUACCUUUUGUGGUUUCUGCAAUUGCCACCAAAUCAGCUAAGUGUGUUAUGUGUAUAUUAUGUCAGGCAAAUGUGUUUUUGGAGACACAAUAGCAGCUGACAUCAGCACAAGUAAAGGUGGCAUUAUAAGAGUAAGUAGAGGUAAACUGAUUAGCUAAUAAGGAUUGCAUGUGCACUGCUGAAUCUAGCUGUUAACUGAUUUUGCCAAUUGUGCAGGUGACCGCAAUACGGAUUGUUUGACCAGUCUCAUAUAGUGUACAUCUAAGGCAACUUUUAAAGUGAAGCUUUUUCUGUACUUUCCUGAAUGUGGCUGCUGUCCGGCCGAAUAUAUUUGUGGGUGUGUGUAUAUAUACAACUGUUAUAAGAAGGCACCCACGAAGUGGCUCAUAUAAACAACCUUGUAUGAUGUCCAGCUCUGUUCUACGUAAAAAAAAAAAAAAAAAUUGUCUCCUCCAUAAAACCUGCACAUAUAAUGUUGGUUAACGGGUAUCUCUAAAGCAUGCCAACCGGUUAAAGUAAUGGAGAAUUAUAUUUAAUGGAUUCAUUGAUUUAUUUUAUUUUCGUUGAUUUAACCACUCAGUAUUUCUCACUGGGUUCUAGGCCUCUACUCCAGAAUGGGCAUGUCCCACUAAAUACCCAGAUAACCAUUUAUGUUCCAUAGAUGUCCGUAGAACAUCAUGUUUUAGACAUUGCACACAUCCUAUAGAUAUCUAUACUUAUCCAAACAUUACAAAUACCAUGGAUAAUCUAAGUUUCAUCGAGGAUGCGUUGCUGUAACAUUGUAAGGAUAUUGCCGCUAUACAUAUGUGACGUGUAAUGGAGACUUACUUUAGGCAUGCAGAGGUAUAUAGAACAUCUAUUGGAUAUUUUCCAGUUCACACUGGCGAGCUAUACUUGCAGCUGCCACAGCAGAUACACUAUCAAGAAUAAAUUCAAUAUAAUUUUCGCAGCGCACUCAGUGUGGCAGAAUGCCCACACAGCAAGAUCGUACACAUCGUGUGCACACAUUACAUAUGCCGGCAAUGAAGCACAACAUACUCAUUCUCCUGGACCUCUCACCUGGCACACUGAGCAUAUUAACAAAACAUUAAAAAGUAAAUUGUAUCAGAAAAUAGGCAGAGUAGAUGUAUACAUAUAGAUGCAGACACUAGCCUUGAGCUAUAAAUUGACCACCUAAUAAAAUGUAAUUCUGUCAUAUGGGUGGCAGAGAAAACGUCCUCAGUGGGGGGAGAGCAACUAUUUAUCUGUGGUCUGAAAAAAGUAUUUGUCAUGCUAUGAAAUACAAUAGAUGUCAUGUGAUGCAGCGCAAUACCAUAGCCACAGGCUACCAUGUUGCGGAACAAAAAUUAGCUGAAAAUUUUCAACAUUAUUCCAGAUCCCAACAUUUUUUUGUAUGACAGUGUAAUAGUUAAGCAUUUGAUAUCUUUUUAAUCAAUUUUGUUGUCGGUAUUAUAUCUGCAUUACAGUGGUUACCACGCACUCGCGGGUGCCAUUGUAUCACGUGGCGCUGCCUCCCUUUCAACAUGUGCUGCUGGUAAUUAUUGUGUGAACAGCAUGAAAAAUUGCCCAUGGCUUCAGGAGACAUGUAAAUGUUACAUAUCCUUGCUUCUGAGGUCAUUGCGCCAUGUUCAGAUGGUGCUAGCACUGUGUUACGGUGUUGGGCUAGAUACUGUUUUCCAAGACACAGCGGUACCUUGUGGCGCUUGCUACACCGCAAUACAGGGGUGUGAAUAAGCAUCGUGCAGUAAAGCAUACUAAGAGCGGAAAGGGCACAUAGGUUUACACUGUGCUCAUUGUCUUCAAUUGUGACAUAAUUUGCAAGUGCAUCUGUACUCGUGGUAAGCUUCAUUGACAAUUCUUUGUACAUUACAAAUUCAUAUUGCAGGGAAGCUUACUAAAGCACAUUCACCAUUUUGUAGCAUUAUUCACCUUCAAUGGAGGAGCACAAUGUGGUUUCAUGCCCAUGAUUUGGCUCGACUGCACAUGCUCUUUGAGAAUUGAUUAGUUGUUCAUAAGUGCACUGGUACUUUACUGUAAACUGGAGGGCUCAAGUUGAUAUGGAAGCACAAUUUUUAUUAAGGGGACAAGAUGUUGCCGAGAUGGUUUCAGCACAUAUUUUUUUUUUCUUCCAGGCACCUUUUCUACUAAAAGCUUCCAUUGCAGUGUUUCAAGCCUCUUUGAACCAGCACAUAGUGUAUAUAUAAAAAUUGGACACUGAUUGGAGUAACACCUAAGUUCAUGCCUAUCUAUAGUAAAAGGAUGUAGCACGACCAGACAAAAUAAAAGAAGGGGGCGGGCUGCAGCAAUACUAAGUGUUAAAUGGUGCUUUAUCCUUUCCCUCGAGUUUUGUUUUUGUGCUUUUUAUGGAUCCUCCGCAGUAACCACGCGAGUGCCGAACUUGAGUUUGUUGGUUCAAGUCUCAUGGUUGUUACUAACAGAACAGUGCGAUAAAGGAACUAGGGCUUGGACGCA